UCACAUGAAUUCGUGAAGUAUAAAAAUCCCAUACGUAUUUCAUCAUUUCACUCAACUCCCAAGGGGAAAAACUCAAACAGAAAGUGAGAAAGAGGAAAAGAGAAAUUCAACAGUCAGAAAGAUGGAACAAAUAGAGCAUAAAUAUGUUGAAGUGAACGGGCUAAAGCUUCAUGUAGCUGAAAUUGGAAGUGGGAAUUCCCCAGUUGUGUUGUUCUUGCAUGGAUUUCCCGAAAUAUGGUAUACUUGGAGGUUCCAAAUGAUAGCUGUGGCCAAAGCUGGUUACAGAGCUAUUGCACCCGAUUUCAGAGGAUACGGGUUGUCGGAUCAGCCACCCGAACCCGAGAAAACCACCUUUCUUGAUUUUGCCAAUGACACCCUUGCACUUCUUGAUGCUCUUGGCAUCUCUAAGGCUUUUCUCAUUGGUAAAGACUUUGGAUCUAUUGUCAUUUCCCGUUUUGUCAAUCUCUAUGAGGAGAGAGUCUCUGGAUUUAUUGUUAUGGGAGUGCCAUUUUGGCCCCCACACCCUCUCAAGUUUAAAGAAGACCUCCCUGAAGGCUUCUAUAUUUCAAGAUGGGGGGAGCCUGGGAGAGCUGAGGCUGAUUUUGGUCGCCUCGAUGCUAAAACAGUAGUGAGGAAUGUAUACAUUCUUUUCUCCAGAAGUCAAGUACCAAUAGCAAAUGAAAAUCAGGAAAUCAUGGACAUUGUGCAACCUUCAACCCCUCUACCCCCUUGGUUUUCUGAGGAAGACUUGGCUGCAUAUGGAGCUUUGUAUGAGAAUUCUGGAUUCAGAACUGCAUUGCAGGUUCCCUAUAGGUCACUGCAUGAACAAAUAGAUGUUACAGAUCCAACAGUUCAUGUUCCUGCGCUGUUUAUUGAGGGGAAGAAGGAUUAUGUCCUCAAAUUUCCAGGUAUUGAAGACUACAUUAGUGGAGAACUUAAAACUUUAGUUCCUAAUCUGGAGACGGCCUCUUUGCCAGAAGGAAACCAUUUUGUUCAAGAACAACUACCUGACGAGGUUAAUCAACUCGUGCUCAACUUCCUUACUAAGAAUAGUAAGCCUCAGUAAGGCUUUGUUCGCAAGCACUUUAACACUUUGGUUGUUCUAUCUCAUAUAGCCGACCCCAACUUGCUUGGGAUUGAGGCGUUGUUGUUGUUCCCUUUACUUAAAAGUGUUAAUCAAGUCCUAGUUGUGAUCUACAUAUAAUAUUUGCUGCAAUUUCUAUUAAGCAUCUUGAAUACGAAACAGUAUCUAGUGUAAGUAACUUGUUAAAUUGUCGCAAUAUAUAAGUAUGUCCAGUAUACUCUCCUGGUGAAGCUCAAAAUGAAUGAAUAAUGUAUAACCUGGA